AUGGACGCUAGCACAAGAGCCACCUACCUCAAGAAGAUGCAUGAAGAAACAUGGUCCAUGAUCAAGCGUGAAGUACACCACCUCGUCUCCAAGCUCAACAUCAACAAGUCACCGAUGGUGUUCCAACCGGGCAAUCUAGUAUGGUUACAUCACCGCAAGGACCGCUUCCUCAAGGAGCGCAAGUCCAAUAUACUCUCGAGAGCUGAUGGACCCUUCAAGGUGCUCGCACGCUACAACGACAACUCCUACAGGAUCGACAUUCCACAUGAAAAGUAUAGUCUCGACUCCCCUGGCCUCCGCGCGCAGUUCACCGUCCCGGAUCUCCGCCCCGGCACGCUCGACUCCCUGCUCGCCCUCAGCGACGACCUCGUCAAGUCCAACAUCUUCAUCGAGGGCGUCUCCCACAAGAUCCGCCGGCAGAUCGAGGACCUGGAGCGCGCCGGAGGGGUCGAGCCCGGCACCCUCACCGUCGACGGCGUCCCCGUCGACAGCUACCUCACCAGGUUCGUGUGGGACAAGGGCAAGUACCCCGUCAACGCCCCGCUCAAGGAGACCGUCGCCAGCAUCCAGUCCCAGGUCGCCAAGAUCGAGGACGACAUGAAGGUUAGAGUUGCUGAAUACGGUAAUGUUAAGAGCCAGCUUGGCGCAAUCAACAGGAAGCAAACUGGGAGUUUAGCAGUUCGUGACCUUUCCAACCUCAUAAAUCCAGAGGAUAUGGUCACUUUGGAACAUCUAGUGACACUCCUUUCUAUUGUGCCAAAGUAUUCCCAAAAAGACUGGUUAUCAAGCUACGAGUCACUUGAUACGUUUGUGGUUCCGAGAUCAUCAAAAAAGCUUUACAAGGACAAUGAGUAUGCUCUCUACACUGUAACAUUAUUUGCCAAGGUUGUUGACAACUUUAAGGUCCAUGCUCGUGAGAAAGGUUUCCAGAUCCGUGACUUUGAGUAUAGUCCUGAAGCACAGGAGAGUCGGAAGCAAGAGCUAGAAAAACUGCUGCAAGACCAGGAAGUUAUGAGGACCUCUCUAUUGCAAUGGUGCUAUGCAAGCUACAGUGAGAAUAUUGGGCUUCAGUUGCUUGGUUGCUGGACAUUAGUGGCGUUGAUGAUGCUCAUUCUAACUAGCGGGAGAGGGGAGGGAGCGUUGGAGGAACCGGAUGAAGACGAGUUUCAUCGUGAUGAUGCUCAUCGUGAUGACCGCAGCUCUCUUCUAUGUGAUGGUAGUUUAGAUGAUCGAUAUCGACUUGUAAUGUGAAGACAAACUCGCUACUCGCGGUCGACUUGUAAUAUAAUGUUCUAUCUUUGUUCGGUCUUUUCAA